CUCCUUGCUGACAUCUUCAGCGUCACGCCGGCCUGAACUGGUUGGUCGUUCAGCAUUUACAGACAACGUACCAUACUUGCUGCAAGUUUACUUUGUGGACCUUGUACUGAGUGGGGAGCAAUCGUUUUGUGCAAAGUUUCACGUGCGAAGGUGGUGUUUUAUUUUCGAAAGAACCGUCUCAUCGUUUUUUUGAGAAAUCCAGGUAAGCGGCGAAGUGGUUCUCUCCACGACCACGUGACCACCACCUGCGGCGGGAAGUGACGUAAGCUCAGUUACAUCGGCACAUCCGGCGGCUCCAGAACCGGCUUCACGAUGGCAGACGACAGGGCAGCUAAGGACGGCGAAGAAGACCUGAUGGAGCGCGAGCUCGCUGAAGACGCCGUUUGGAAACGAAUUCAGCAGAACACCUUCACACGAUGGGCCAACGAACACUUGAAGGCGGCUAACAAGACCAUUGCGUCCCUGGAGUCGGACUUGGCUGACGGACUCCGUCUCAUUGCCCUCAUCGAAGUGCUCUCGGGAAAGAAGCUGCCCAGGCACAGCAAGAGGCCCACUUUUCGGUCGCAGAAGUUGGAAAAUGUGUGCGUCGCAUUAAAGUUCCUGACAGAUGAAGAAGGAAUCAAGCUAGUCAAUAUCGACAGUUCAGACAUCGUCGACUGCAAGCUGAAGCUUAUCCUUGGUCUAAUAUGGACGCUUAUCCUGCACUACUCCAUCUCGCUUCCCAUGUGGGAGGGCGACGACGACACACUCUUCGACAAGAACGCUACGCCGAAGCAGCGUCUCCUCAGGUGGAUCCAGAGCAAGGUACCCGAAAGGAACAUCACCAACUUCACCAACGACUGGAACGACGGCAAGGCCCUGGGUGCGCUCGUGGACGCCCUCGCCCCAGGCCUCUGCCCCGACUGGAACUCGUGGGACCCCAACAACGCCCUCAAGAACGCCAAAGAGGCCAUGGACCUUGCUGAGAAGUGGCUGGGCGUACCGCAGCUUGUGAAGCCCGAAGAAAUGGUGAACCCGAAGGUGGACGAGCUGUCCAUGAUGACCUACUUGUCUCAGUUCCCCGCUGCCAAGCUCAAGGACAAGGCUCCUCUCCGCCUGCAGACGAACCCUGCUCGUGUUCGUUGCUACGGACCUGGCAUCGAACCCACGGGCGUCGUUGUCGGUGCACCAACACAUUUUACCGUGGAGACCUUCAGUGCUGGACAGGGCGAUGUCAAGGUCACCAUAGUCGAUCCUAAGGGCAAAGAGGAACCCGCACAAGUGAAAUACAAUGACGACAAGGCAAAGACGUACACUGUUACCUAUACUGCGAAGAUGGAAGGACCACACAAGGUUAAGGUAACAUUCGCUGGUAAGGAUGUGCCCAAGAGCCCAUUCAAUGUCAAGGUGGAAGGCUUCGCCGGCGACCCAACAAAAGCUUCCGCUAGCGGUCCUGGUCUUCAACCAACCGGCGUCAGCGCUGGAAAACCAACCUACUUUGACGUUUUCACGAAAGAUGCUGGCAUGGGUCAGGUAGAAGUGGAAAUUGUGGACCCAAAAGGCAACAAGAACACCGUACCCUGCCGCAUAAAGAAGUUGGAUGGCGAUGUGCACCGCUGCGAGUACGUUGCCAAGGACGAAGGUCCUCACCAGGUCCACGUCCUCUUCACGGGAAGAGCCAUUCCAAAGAGCCCCUUCAACGUCAACGUCGGGCCACCAUGCAAUCCACGCCGCGUCCGUGCAUCUGGUCGUGGUCUUCAGAAGAACGGUGUCCGCGUCCGGGACGUCGCUGAUUUCAAGGUGUUUACGGAAAACGCUGGCGACGGAGAGCUUGAAGUCAAGGUUCUAGGCCCCGGUGGUGUCCAAGAGAGGGUGGACAUCAAGAAGCUGGACGCUACAACGUACGAGUGCAAAUAUCACCCGGCGAAGGAAGGUCGCUAUGUGGUUAUGGUCUCCUGGGGAGGACAGGAGAUUCCACGCAGCCCGUUCGAAGUGAACGUGGGACCUUACAAGGAGUCCAAGAUCAUCGCCUAUGGUCCAGGCCUCACCGGUGGCAUUGUGGGGCAUCCCGCAUGCUUCACUGUGGACACCAACGGCGAAACGGGAUCUCUGGGCUUCUCCAUCGAGGGCCCGUCGCAAGCCAAAAUCGAGUGCUUCGACAACGGCGACGGCUCCGCGGACGUCAAAUACUGGCCGACCGCCCCUGGUGACUACGCGGUGCACAUCCUGUGCAAUGGGGAGGACAUACCAAAGUCGCCCUACAUCGCUUCCAUUCAGCCACAGGGCGACACUGCACCAGACAAGGUUGAAGCCCGUGGCCCCGGUAUCCAGCCAACGGGGGUAACUCAGGGCCUUCCCACCGAAUUCACGGUCGAUGCCUCCAAGGCCGGUGCUCCAGCUCCUCUAGAUGUCCAGGUGCUUGACUCGGACUACAAGCCAGUAGAGGUGAAAGUCCAGGACAACAAAGACAAGACCUACAAGGUCACCUACAAGCCAGACGCCUGUGAUAAGCACACUGUGCUCGUUAACUACGCUGGUGUGGCCAUUCCCAAGAGCCCGUUCAAGGUGACCGUGGCUGACAACACGGAUCCCACCAAGAUCAAGGUAUACGGUCCGGGAGUCGAGAAGGGCGUCAAGUCGCAGACACCAACCAAGUUCUACGUGGACUGCAAGGCUGCCGGUAAAGUGAAGCCCAAGGUACGUCUUACCGACGAGCGCAACAAGGAAGUUCCGGUGAACGUGACGGAUAACAAGGAUGAGACUUACACCGUAGACUACACGACACCCACUCCUGGAGAUCAUUAUGUGUCCGUGACCGCUGGCGGAAAGAACGUAGUAGGCAGUCCGUUUAAAGUUCCCGUCGCUCCUCACAUGGACGUAUCCAAGGUUCGCGUUGAGGGACUUGGUCCAUCGGCGUUCGUCGACGCGCUAAACGAGAUCACGGUGGACACCACUGCCCUACAGAAGACGAGCGAAGCCAACAAGGUUACUGUUCAUCUUACCAAUCCCUCAGGAACCCGUGCCCAGCUGGCCGUACAACCUCUGCCGGCUAAUGACGGCAAAUACCGCGUGCCUUACGUACCUCGUGAAGAAGGACCUCACACCCUGGACGUGGCCUACGAGGGAGUCCCAGUUCCAGGAAGUCCGUUCAAGGUGAACGCCGUCCGUGGAACGGAUCCCAGCAAGGUCAUCGCGUACGGACCUGGUCUGCAGAGGGGAAUUGUGGACAAGCCCAACGAGUUCACCAUCGAGACCAAAGGUGCUGGUCCAGGUGGUCUUGGAUUGUCGAUCGAGGGCCCUACCGAGGCUAAGAUGUCUUGCAAGGACAACCGUGAUGGAACGUGCACCGUAGAGUACAUUCCCGACGAGAUUGGAGAAUACGACAUCACUAUUAAGUUUGACGGAAAGCCCAUUCCUGGAAGCCCUUUCCGUAUCCCUGUCGGUGCCGAGGUCGAUCCCUCAAAGGUGACAGCCAAGGGACCUGGUCUGGAUCCAGAGUUGAUCCGUGCCGAAGUUCCCCAGAAGUUCACAAUCGACUCGAAGAAAUCUGGCCGAGCGCCCAUUGACGUCCAGGUCAGCUCCGAGAAAGGCCCUGUACCGAAGAAGCCAGAGAUCAAGGACAACAAGGACGGUACAUAUGACGUCACCUACAUGCCACCACCAGAGAACAGUACGUGCAAGGUAGACAUCACCUACGAUGGAAAGAACAUACCGGGAAGCCCGUUCACGGCAAAAGUGAAGCCCAAGUGUGAACCCAAGAACGUGAAACUUACUGGGCUUCCAAAGCCAGACGAGCCUGUGCUGGCCAGCAUACCUCAAAAGUUUACCAUUGACUGCAAGAAGGCUGGCGUCGCUGAACCUGAAGUUCAAGUCAAGGGUCCGGACAAUGUCCCGCGUAAAGCUAAAGUCGUCGACAAUGACGACGGAACGUUCACAGCCACGUACGUCUGCGAAGACGUUGGCAAGCACCAGAUCAUCACCAAGUACGGAGGACAAGAAGUACCCGGAUCUCCCGCCAACGUGAACAGCGUUCCUACCGGACAAGCGGACAAGGUCAAGAUUGCCGAGGACACAAAACAGGACAAGGUGACGAUCGGAGAAGAGUAUUGCCUGACAGUUCGCGCCGACGAAGCCGGGCAGGGAGCUGUCACUUGUCGCAUCACUUCGACAACGGGCGCAGAUUCCGACGUCGACAUCGAAGUCGUCGACAACAACGACGGCACGUUCUCCAUUUUCUACAAGGUGAAGAACAAGGGCGAGUACACCGUCAAUCUCAAGUUCGGCGGCCAACCCGUGCCCAACGGCUCCUACAAGAUCACGGCUGUAACAGAGAAAAUCCAACAGAAGACCGUAGUCGACCGCAAGUUCCGCAGUGCCCCACCGCCGCAAGGAAAGUUCAGACCUGUACAGCUCUUUGACAUCCCCGUUGUUCAAACUGCCGGAGGGCUACUCACGGCUGAGGUGAAGAUGCCGUCGGGACGUGUGGAUAAACCUGUGAUAAUCGACAAUCAAAACGGUACUGUCAGUAUCCAGUACGAACCCAGGGAAGAAGGACAGCAUGAACUUCACAUCAAAUAUAACCACGAACACAUUCAAGGUAGCCCAUUCCGUUUCCACGUGGACUCCAUCCAGAGUGGCUACGUGACCGCCUACGGAUCCGGUCUUACGCAUGGCGUCGCUGGCGAACCCAGCAACUUCUACAUCAGCACCAAGGAUGCCGGCGCAGGUGGCCUUAACGUGGCCGUCGAAGGACCAUCCAAGGCUGAGAUCAGCGUUCACGACAACAAGGACGGCACCGUUAGCGUCUCCUACCUUCCGGCCGCGCCCGGCGAAUACAAGAUCUCCAUCAAGUUCGCCGACAAGCCCAUCAAGGGAAGCCCCUUCACUGCUAAGAUCACCGGUGAGGGCCGCAAGCGCAACCAAAUUUCCGUGGGCCACUCCAGCGAAGUAUCCCUUAAGGUGCAAGAGAAGGACCUCAAGAACCUCAACGCCAGUAUCGUUGCACCAUCUGGUCUGGAAGAGCCAUGCUUCCUUAAGACCCUGCCCAAUGGCCAUCUAGGUAUCUCCUUCACACCUCGUGAAACGGGCGAACACUUAAUCAAUGUGAAGCGUAUGGGCAACCAUAUCAAUGGCAGCCCUUUCAAGAUCAACGUCCUGGAGCGCGAAAUCGGUGAUGCCAGUAAGGUGAAGGUGAAGGGCAACGCACUCACCGAAGGCACCACGCAAGCCAAGAACGAGUUCUACGUCGACACCCGCGAAGCAGGCUAUGGUGGCCUGAGUUUGUCCAUUGAGGGGCCUAGCAAAGCCGACAUUCAGUGCAAGGACAACGAGGACGGUACCCUGAACGUUAGCUACACUCCCACCGAACCCGGUUACUACAUGAUCAACCUCAAGUUCGCCGACCACCACGUGCCCGGUUCUCCAUUCACCGUCAAGGUGACCGGCAAGGGCGGUAACAUUCAACGCGAGAACAUCAAGAAACAGCGUGAGGCGGCACCUAUGGCCGAAGUGGGCUCCAAGUGCGAGUUCAACUACAAGAUGCCCGGAACCAGCGCCUUCGACAUGGCUGCCCGCGUGACAUCGCCUUCUGGUAGCACGGAGGACGCUGAAAUCGCUGAUCUAGAUGAUUGCCAGUACGCCGUCCAUUUCGUGCCCAAGGAAACCGGAGUGCACACUGUCAGCGUUCGUCACAAGGACAUCCACAUCCCUGGAUCUCCGUUCCAGUUCACCGUCGGUCCCUUCCGGGAUUACGGUGCCCACCGUGUUCAUGCCGGUGGACCUGGCUUGGAGAGAGGCACAUGCAACGAACCUUGCGAGUUCAACGUGUGGACCCGCGAGGCCGGUGCUGGUAGCUUGUCCAUCUCCGUGGAAGGCCCAUCCAAGGCAAAGAUCGACUUCAAGGACAGAAAGGACGGAUCCUGCUACGUAUCUUACGUCGUCAAAGACCCUGGAGAGUACCGUGUGGGCAUCAAGUUCAACGACCAGCCCAUACCCGACAGCCCGUUCAAGGUGUACGUAAUGCCCCAGGCUGGAGAUGCCAGCAAGAUCGAGUUGGGCCGCAUCCCCGAGCACCUCAAGGUCAACUCACCCUGCACGUUCACCAUCGCCAUGAAUGGAGCCAGGGGAAACCUCGACGGCAAGGUGGUCUCACCGAGCGGCAACGAUGACGAUUGCUUCGUCGCUCCACUGGAUGACGACCAGUGGGCAUUGCGAUUCGUUCCUCGCGAGAACGGCAUCCACCAGAUCCACAUCCGCCUCAACGGCGUCCAUAUCCCUGCCAGUCCCUUCCGCAUCCGUGUGGGCAAGGACGACGCCGAUCCCGCUGCCGUCAACGCCUUCGGUCCUGGUCUUCGCGAUGUUAAGAGCGGUGUGAAGACUGACUUCAUUGUCGAUACGUGCAAUGCCGGCGCUGGUUCUCUAGCCGUGACCAUCGAUGGCCCUACAAAGGUCAACAUGGACUGCACAGAAGUUGAAGAAGGCUACAAGGUGCGGUACACACCACUGGCCCCAGGAGAAUAUUUCAUCACGGUCAAGUUCAACAGUUACCACAUUGCUGGCAGCCCAUUCAGGGUCAACUGCACAGGUUUGGUUACCAGGAGUGAAGGUGGCAAACGCCUUUCCAUCGCACCCCAGACAGCUCCAGAGACGUCUUCAGUGCUUGUAGACACCGUUGUGAAGCAGGCAGUACAGAAGGCGGACGCCCUGCCAAAGUUCCGUUCUAACGCAGCCAAAGUGACAUCCAAGGGUAUGGGGCUUAAGCGUGCUACCUUGCACAAGAUGAACACGUUCAAUGUCAACUGCCUCGAAGCUGGCAACAACCUCAUCUAUGCCAGCGUCUAUGGGCCUAAGGGACCUUGUGACGAGGUGUAUGUCAAACACUUGGGCCGAAACCUCUAUCAAGUCAACUACAUGGUCAAGGAGAAGGGCGAUCACAUCGUUAUUGUCAAAUGGGGCGACGACCAUAUCCCUGGAAGCCCCUUCAAGGUUGAAGUCCCAUAGAGCCUAGAAGUAAAUGAAAAGAACGACCCCCCGAGAAGACCUUUUGUGCCAAUGUCCUGCCCACUUUCCAGCGUCUCAUUUGUCACCAGUGGGAUUUUCUCUCCGUUCUUACGUUUCUCCUCUUCCAAUCUUCUGUCACACAAGUUGUUGUUUCUGUCUGGGACUUUUUGACGUUCCGACGUCACGGUGCGGUGCAAGAACGUCGGAGUUGUGAUUUAGUUUAUCUCUCUUUUUUUUUUUUUUCUACCGAAUAUCGACCAUCUACUUUGAAGGGAAUGUUGAUGCAGAACGUGUAUGCACGGAAGCAACACUUCCUUUCCCAGAGCUGCAAGUUUUUUGGUAUUUCCCUUUAAGACUGCCUACUUAUGGAAUUUCGCUCGCGAGCAGCGUUCCAUGCAUCGCACCGUCUAUUGCUGCCCUACAACGAUGUUCCUUUGAGUUCUGCUUGAGUUUAUUUUGCCGUACCCGGUGCCAACUACUUAGACACAUAUUUUCGAUGAACUCUAUAGCUUCGCCCACAAGGAGAUUUUCUAGAUGCCUCCCCUGCCAAGGGACACGCAAAGCAAGAUACUAUUUCAGGACUGUUGGAAGGUGAUUCAGAAUAAUAAUACUUGAAGGUGUCACGCAACUUUCUCAAAGAGAUCGAUUAAUUUCAUUCUGGAACUCCUGCUACGGUCCUGUCUUCGAGUCACACCUCACAGCAGAUGAAAGCAUGGUGCCAUUUUCUGUUUGUUUUUGUGUGUUUGCAAAAUGUAUAUUCCAGAGUUUUUUUUUUUUUUUCAAAGAAUGUCAUUGUGAUGAAGUAAAAGCAAAAUGCACAAAGGAAAAA